UACUGUGAAAAAAAGUAAAGAAAAAUUUUGGUGAUACUGGAAAAUGUUAUCAAUCAAAAGCCCUAACCCUAGCUCCGCCGUGGAGCCAUUGAAGAGACCGAUCACUUGUGCUUCUGCUUCUCCAGUUACACUUUGUUUGCCGCCUUUCCUACGGCUCAGACCGCCUUCUAACAGAGUCUCUCUCGCCGCUCCCAAUGAAUUGGCUGUCGGUUUUCGUUCAUUCCAUUCACGGCUUCACUUCAAUCACUCCGUCGUCGCUUUCGCAGCUUCCCACGAGAAAUCAAAGCAUUCAGAACUAGAAGUAGAGAGAAAAGGAUGGAGUGGGGAGCGAAGAAGAAUCAAAUGAAGCAUGGAAGCAAGCUUUAGAGACAUUCAAAGAACAAGCUUUGAAGAUGCAAAGCGUAUCCAUGGAAGCUUACGAAAUUCAUUCCAAGAAAGAUUUGACCAUCCCUG